AUGAGUAAUCAUAGCGAAGCCUAUGGAUCUCGCGACCAGAGAAGGGAGAAGUACACCCAAGGGAAAGAGUUCGAAGACGGUACAUUAGAAACACUAGAAAGUAUAAUCAGUGCAGUCGAAGAUGAAACUCUCUCCAAAGAUUACCAACCUCUAAUAGUGUUCUUCCAAAGAGGAUUUGGUGCUCAAUUGGUACAGACUUGGUCAUAUUAUGCUCAAGUAAAUAACCAUGGGAAAUUCUCGAAAACUACCUCAUUACUGACUAAAACCUUACGAGUUUUGUCAUCUGAUACUAGUACAGUGACUAUUGGGAGCGGUCUAAUUAGAUUGAUAUUGACCGAUUACACAAAAGUUCUCUAUAGAGGGUUGAACAAUAUGCGUGCGCAAUUAACUAAUCCAAUUCUUCGUCUACUCAAACAAAUAGUCAAUUUCAACAAUGGGCAACAUAUAGAGGAAUUAGUUUCAUAUUUCGAUUUUUCAUUACCUAUUUUACCAAGACUGUUGGUACCAAGCAAGUCUGAGUUAGCCAAUGGGAAUUCAUCUGCUGAUUCAUCCAAACAUGACUCAUUAAGAUUUACAUUUAUCAAGUUUUGGUUGACAUUGAUCUCAAAUGCUUCCCCAUUCGUGAGAAAAGAACUUUUGACAGAAAACUUUAAGAUUAUGAGCAACCUAUUUAAAUUCAUGAAUAAGGCUGAUUCUGACAAGUUAUCUGAGCACAUACUAUCGGUAUUCAUAAACGACAUUUUAAAGGAGAAAUCCUUCAAGAGAACUACUAAAACCAAAAUUUUAAAUGAACUAGCGGCUUCAAAGAUUCAUCACUUUUAUUAUUCAUCAAACAAGAAUUUGGUUAAGAAGGCAAAUGAGUUUUUCUUAACUUUUGGAGCUUCCCGUGACUUUAGCGUAGCAUUUCCUGAUAAUUGCGUUUGGUUCAAAAAUUCAGUUGCUGAUGGAGCUUCUCAUGGAGCUCCGAUAACCGUCAACCAAGUGGAAUUUCAAAUUCAUAAUAAACUUUUGUUCAACACUUUACGCCUUUUCAAACCUUGGGAAGAUACGCUGCAAUUAGGUACGUUGAUCAAAAUAUUGGAGAACGUUCCCGAACUUGUUGCUCCUUACAGCAUCUUUUUAACGACGAAUGGUAACUAUGACCCUAAGAUGACUUCGUAUUGGUUUGGUAUAACGUUACUGAUUAACAAGAUUAUUAAUCUUAAGAUACCGCAAUUUAUGGAGAAAGUUGAUAGCAAUAUUCCACCUGCCACUUCAUUAGUUAUAGAAAACAUUCUGCCAUCUUUGCUCACCAAAUCCUCGUUGGUUAAAUCCCUACAAUUUGAAACACCCAUCAUAAGACAAUUAGCCUGUCAAUCAAUAGUUCUAGCGUUAAAAAAAUUAGAAAAAGUUUCCACAUUUUAUGAUCAAAAAGGCUGGAGAAAUGAAAAAACUAUUUUACUCAACGAGUUUCAUACUAGAAUUCCUGAUUUACCAAUCUUCGUAUCUACUUUGAGCAAUUCUUUGGCUUCCAAUAAGGAUAAUAGAAUUUUACCUCUGUCCAUAUCCAUCAUAUUCAACUACUAUAGUAAAAUGUUCCCCAACCUCUUCUCAAUUAACCUACCAUCAUCAAAUAUUUACACAGAUAUCAUGCAAAAAUCCAAGAUUUCUGGCAUAGAAUUUGCUAUUCUGGACAACUACUUACAAUUUCAAGAAUUUAACUCUACUCAAACCAGGUGGUGGAAUCCAAGUUCUGGUGGAAAUUCUUUAUUCACCCUACUAUUAAAGCUAGCAUCCUCCAAAAAUGCUUCUAACGUGAUAACUACAAGAAUAUCCAACUUGCUCGAUGAGCUGACGAGAACAAACGUUAUCUUCAACAUAUCUUUAAUUUCACCAGUGAUGGCUUUAGUGAAUAGUCUUCAAGGGCUUUCCCUUCAAGUUUCUGAAAUUGACAACAUGGAACAAGUCUGGAAGUGGUUUGACGAAACUAUAUCUCGUGUCGUAAAAACACCAUACAAGUACGUCGAUAUGGCAAAAGAGUAUAACUACAUUUCUCCCUUCAUAAUGUGCCUUUCAGAGCAAUGGAAAUACGUUGACAAGAGUGGAAACCCAGAGUUUUUAAUUAAAUGGCUUAUACUUUUUCUUAGAAACAUGAUUUUCAUUGGUGAAGACCAUAUAGGCAUAGAUAAACUUGUUAAAAAUGUCUUUCCUGAGGUCUCUGAUCAUGAUGUUAAUAUAUACUUGAAACUUGACUCAUUUGAAGAAAACAUAAAGAAAACUAAUAGCUCUAAUUCUUUAAUUUCUUCAAUGAAGAGCUCAUCUUUUUUCCAGUAUAUUUCGGCGCUUCCAUCUAAAAAUCUAAUGAAUAUUUCUAGAUUACCAGUGAACAAAUUAGAUGCGGCAGGAAUCCUUUUUAGAGUUCAGUUAUUGGUAGAAGACGAUUCUGUUGUAUAUGACAAUUGGUUCGAAGCAACUGCCUGUGAGUUAACUGGCAAGAUUGCUAGCUACAUGGUAACAGACACAGAAUUCCCAAUUAUCAAAGUUUUGGAAAGGUAUAUAAAUUUCGCUUUACCAAAACUGGCCAUUGAAAAAAGAAAUGCUCUACUCAUGAAAAAAUCAAGGUUCAUGUGCAAUUUAAUCGGUGCAGUAUGCUUUGAAACAGGCCAUCAAUUAGUGGAAUUCCGAGAAAUAAUUCAAAAAGUCGUGUUUAGUGGUGAAAAUGUCGAAGAGUAUGCCAACUAUAAUGAGUUGUAUCAGAAAGAAGAUGUAAAUGCUUUCUUAACAAGUGUUAGUGAGUAUUUAAGUACUUCAGCUUUAACUUCGCUACUCAUGUGUAGCACCAAACUAGAGUCCACAAGAAACAUUCUCCAAAAAUUAUUCAACGAAGGAAAAACUAUAAAAAUAUCCCUUGUAAAGAAUAUACUGAACAAAGCUGCAAAUGAAGAUCCUGCUUCAAUUAAGGAAGUAAACAUCUCUUUGGCUAAAUUUUUUGAAGAAAACAAAGUUUGUGUUGAUGCUUCAUCUGAUCCUAUGGGUAAGCUAUCCCUUUCAGAAACUACUUCUCUGAUAAAUAGUUUUGUGUCUAGUGAUUUGAAUUAUCUAGUACUGAAAGCUUUUUACAGAUGGGAACAUUUUUCUUUCCCAUCUUUCAUACCAAGUAUCUGGAGGAUCAAGGAUUCACCUUUACUAAGUAUUGUAACAACGGCUGCUUUGUUCAAGCACAUGCAGGAUAAAGAUUUUAGCGCAUUUGCGCAUGAAACCAUUUCCAAGUAUGGUAAUGAAAUUGCGAAAAGUACUUACACUACCUCGAAAAGUGAGAUUUUUGACGAAAUAUUAAAUAUGAUUACCACUUAUAUUGAUUUCUAUGACGAAACGAAACGAAAUGAAAUUUUGAAAUGUGUUUUAUCACAGAGCGACCAUAAAUAUCAUGCUGCUACAGUAAGAUACAUAGCUGCACACAAUAAUUUUACUUAUCCAGGGGUAGAAACAUGGUUACAUAAAACUCUUCUUUACCUUACAAAGUACCUUUCAGAAAGAAAAGUUAUCUCCAAUUCUUUUUUUGAGUUACUAAGAGCGAUGGCUGAGCUCUUAAAACUUGAAGAGGUACCAAAUAAGUUGAAUGUCAAAAUCAUUAAUUCUCAAUUAGAGGCUAUUCUAGGCAGUGAGUGGAUCAAACAAAUUAAGGUUCUUGAAUACGUUAUUGUAUUAAUUUUUUGUGUGAGCAAAAAGUCAAUUCAAUCGCAAAGAAUGGUUCAACUUUUAUUAAGCAAUGACAGUUACUCAUCAAUAAUGAUUAAAGACAAUGAUGAAGAUUCAUCGUAUCGAAAGUUCUUAAGCACAAUGAUAUUAUUCUCUUUAUUCAGCAUCGACCCGGUCGUAAAUUCGACGCCAAUAGUUCAAGAGAAAUUAUUGACUUUUUACUCCGGUACUAUUUCCAGUAACGACAAGUUGAUACUGAAAAUUCUAGAAACUAUCGAAUCUCACACCGCUACUUCAUGGACAAACAUGAUUUUUUCUUGGGAAUUUAUCAAAGACGAAGAGGAAGAAAUCUUGGAAGCCAUUGGAGACACGAGGCUGAUUACCAAAGAAAGGGAGGGGUUGAUACUAACACUACAAAAAAACAUGAUCAAAAAGUCCAUUGACAGAUACGUAUUGGAAAGGCCUCAAGUCCCUGAAUUAUAUACCGAUUCUAAUACAAACAAUUAUGAUGCUACUACAAGGUGUGACCUAGUCAAAAAGUACUACGAUGAUACCGAACGAUCUGGUGUUGAUAUGUACGAUCCAUUAUUUUUACUGCUAUUAAUAAUCCAUAACAAAGAGCUGGUAAAAAUGGUCAAAGAUGACGAGGGCAAUGUAACAUACAGAUAUGAAUUUGAAAAUUUCCUUGAUUGCAAAAUAUUUCAGUUUAUUAUUUGCUCAUUAAGCGAUUGUCAUACCGUUGCCAAUAUAAGUUACGAACAUUUAUCAAAUUUAGCUUCUUCUUUGGAGAAGAAAACUGCCCAGAUGAAUCUUGAAAAGCAAAUAACUAGCAAGGAUAAUGAAAGAAAAGAAUCUGAUAGCGAUUUAAUCAAAUAUAAUAGCAUUUACCAAGUGUUGAUUAAAAGGAUUUUAUACCAGAGACAACAAAAUCAAGAUCCUAUCAAUCCGUUAAUUUGGUUUUCUAUCUCUAGAAUUGUUGAUCUAUUGGGAAGUCCAACUGCGCCCUUACAUGAGAAGGCAUACCGCUGGGUAUUAUCAAAUUCUACCAUACGUAGUUGGGACAUCCCUAUGGUAUCUGAUGUGAUGAUGUCCUACAAUAAGAGACAACAAGAUGACAAUAAGAAAGAAAUUGAUAUGGAAAUAUACUAUGGAGAAUUGAGUUGGGUUUUAACAACCAUUUGUAAGGGAAUUAAAACGGAUGAAGAUUACAAGAUGUUAGAGAAGAAAGGUGUAUUUGAAUGGUUGUUAAACUUGAUCAAUAUGCCAUACUUGAAAGAAAGAUUACGCGAACUAAUCUAUUUUAUUUUUUACAAAGUCCAAAGGGUAGCAGAUGAUGGUGGUUUGAAUUUAAUUAGCAGAAACGGUAUUGUGUCGUUUUUCGAGGUUUUGAACAAUAACAUCAAAUCUAGACUACCACAGGACGAUAUACUGAACAACAUUGGUACUUUACGGAACGAAAACAGAGGUACAUUAAAUACUACUUUGAGGUUAGCCCAAGAACAAAACGGAAUUGAAAAACUACUAUUAGGCUACAACGAGCUUGUCAAAUCACAAAAAAGGCUAAUAUUAUGGACAGAAGGUGAUAGCGACAAUGUUGUCAAGAGGCUACGUAAAUGA